GAGUCACAGACACAAAAAAUGUACAGUCGAGUGUGCACGUUGAUGUUUUAUGGUGCAAUGGGGUCAAUUCAUCUUGAAACCAACUUAUUAAGUAAACAUCUCUACAAAUGUGAACGUAUAUUCUGUCUGAUUUCUUUCACUUUUUACGUUUAUGUUAAAAAUGGUUUCUGAUUUAUCUUUUUUUUAUCUAUUCUUUUACAAGCUAUCAAGGGUACUGUUUUAACACCAAUAAAGUCGGCUACAGCAUUCACAUUCAAAUGCAAACUCCUGUGUUAAGUCUGCUUUGGUUAUAUAUAAAAUAAAGUUUAGUGGAUACACAUCUGCAUCAGCACACUGGUGAUGUUCUGCAGGUGCUGUGCAGCAACAGGAAGAAUCAGAAAAGUAGGUCAGUUUAUCCAAAUUGACUCAUUUCAGUAUCACCUAUCGAUUUGAAGUUGACCACACUGUUGUCUUGGACUUCCGCACUCCCAAGUGAAGUCGCCUGAUCUGUUUCCUCAGAAAGAAAAACAGUCAUCAAGAGGUCACAACCCGAUUGGCUGCAUGCAGUCUGUGAACCUCGAGCGCCGCCCAGCAGCUCUGCUCUCUUCAGCACCGCUCAUUGUGAUUGACAGGUAGGCUCAGCCCCUCUCCGGGCGGACACGCAGCGUCCUCAAACGUGUAGCCGACGUAUAAUUAAACAAAUGAUUUGAGUGCCAUGUCAAACGUUAGUCGCUGCUGUGUUGUGUUGCAGAUUUACAACACACUCUCUGUAAGUUGAUCCCGUCCUCCAAAUCAUUCCACAGGUGCCAUCUUUUCAUUCAGAUGCAAUAAAAAGCUACUUUAUUGCCUCCCUCCAGUCUUCAGCCAUGUCCACCUCCAGAAGCCCCGAUCGUCCUUCUCCGUGCGAGUCGUCCUCCUCAGUGGACAGCGGUACCUACAUAGAGCCUGGUCCUGGCCUCCUCUUCCCGGUAUCACCGUCCUCCCUACUGGCUCGACGUCUCCUGCGCUUUCGCGCCUGCAGCAGCCACGGCCCCGUUGCGCGCCGCAAGAGGGAGAUGAUCCCCCCCGACCAGAAGGAUGCCGCCUACUGGGACAAGCGACAAAAGAACAACGAGGCAGCCAAGCGGUCCAGAGAGAAGCGGAGGCUGAACGACCUGAUGGUGGAGGGUCAGCUGCUGGCUCUGAGCGACGAGAACGCGCGGCUGCGGGCUCAGGUGCUCAGCCUGCAGUACCACAGCAGACUGAGCGCAGAGAAGAGCAAAGCUGCCUCCGCUGAAAGUUCUACCUGGUCAUUAUCAGCUACACCGGCUCACAUCCCGGCCCUCCUCCAAGCUGGACUCAGCAGCGUGAGCAGCCCCGCUUCCUAUCUGGGGCAGCAAGAAAGGGCGAUCCAUCCAUUUGAGGCCAGUACACGGGGUGUUGGCGGAUUUGAUUCUCAAAGUUCUCUCACACCGCAAAGUCUCUUCCACUUCCCCGGGCUCCGUGUCCGCUCCCCCCGAGCGGUCUUUGAGGCCGAGAUGGAGGCUCAGCGACAGGUGUCCUGUAGCGACGACAUCCCGCAAACCCCCGACGGUUCCUCCGCCCGCGCAUUUCUGCCCACACCCGACUCACUCCACCAUGCCCCCAUCCUGUCAUACCCACCUCCAAACUGGCUGGUGCCCCAUGUGAACCACCCGGCAGUGUGCAAUAACUUCAUGCUACCUUGGCGUUCUUCCUACCGGGCUCCACCGGCCGUCUACCCCGGCCUGCCUCUCUACGUCCAGGAGAGACAAGGCCUGACUCUGGGUGUGGAGGCGGACAUUCAGAGGGGGCUGAAGAGCCGGCUCAGCAGCGCGCCGGCAGGGUUGUCUCAAGUAGAGGUGCACCUCACUCCAGAUGGACACUGACGGGACAGUUUGACUGUCAUGGUGUUCAUUACAUGGAGAGGAAGAAAUUCUGCAUUC